CGAGGACAGUCCUCCGGCUGCCGGGCGCCACACAGCGCAACCCGCCCCUGGGGGCUCGGCUCCCGCAGCAACUUCGCGGGUACGGGCGCCCUCGGAGGGCUGCUUGGCACUGGGCUCGGGAGGCGUCGGGGACCCGAGAGGGCGCGGUCGGGGAGGAGACGGUGCCCCUUCCCGAAUCGGAGCCCUAGGUCUGGGCGGCGGGCGGGGUGCCCUGUGGCAGGCGGGCCGGGGUGCGUCUUUCCGGAAAGCACUCUGUGAUGGCUCCGCCGCGGGGCUGAGACUGCGACCCCAACGCGCCCCCCCCCCGCCCCCGUCCCGCACCCUCGCCAUGCAGAAAAGCGUGCGCUACAACGAGGGGCACGCCCUGUACCUGGCCUUCCUGGCGCGCAAGGAGGGCACCAAGCGCGGCUUCCUGAGCAAGAAGGCGGCCGAGGCGAGCCGCUGGCACGAGAAGUGGUUCGCUCUCUACCAGAAUGUGCUCUUUUACUUCGAGGGCGAGCAGAGCGGCCGCCCGGCGGGCAUGUACCUCCUGGAGGGUUGCAGCUGCGAGCGGACACCCGCACCACCUAGGACCAGCGCAGGACCGGCAGGCGCCCGGGACGCCCUGGACAAGCAGUAUUACUUCACUGUUCUUUUCGGGCAUGAAGGUCAGAAGCCACUGGAGCUGCGCUGUGAAGAGGAGCAGGCCGGGAAAGAGUGGAUGGAAGCCAUUCACCAAGCCAGUUACGCGGACAUUUUGAUUGAAAGGGAAGUGUUAAUGCAGAAGUACAUUCAUCUGGUUCAGAUUGUGGAGACAGAAAAAAUUGCUGCUAACCAACUCCGACACCAGCUUGAAGAUCAAGACACCGAAAUUGAAAGGCUUAAAUCAGAGAUUGUUGCUCUUAAUAAAACCAAGGAGCGGAUGCGCCCUUACCACAGCCAUCAAGAGGAUGAGGAUCCUGACAUCAAGAAGAUUAAAAAGGUUCAGAGCUUCAUGCGGGGAUGGCUGUGUAGGAGGAAGUGGAAGACCAUUGUGCAGGACUACAUCUGUUCUCCCCAUGCUGAGAGCAUGAGGAAGAGAAACCAGAUUGUGUUCGCCAUGGUGGAAGCCGAGACAGAGUACGUGCACCAGCUCUACAUCCUGGUCAACGGUUUCCUCCGGCCCCUGCGGAUGGCAGCCAGCUCCAAGAAGCCCCCCAUUAGCCAUGAUGAUGUCAGCAGCAUUUUUCUCAACAGUGAAACAAUCAUGUUCCUUCAUGAAAUAUUCCAUCAAGGACUAAAGGCAAGGCUGGCAAAUUGGCCUACUUUGGUUUUAGCUGAUCUGUUUGAUAUUUUGCUGCCCAUGCUGAACAUUUAUCAAGAAUUUGUGCGUAAUCAUCAGUACAGCCUCCAAGUACUUGCCAACUGUAAACAAAACAGAGACUUUGACAAGCUCUUAAAACAGUAUGAAGCCAAUCCCGCCUGUGAGGGGAGGAUGCUGGAGACAUUCUUGACCUACCCAAUGUUUCAGAUCCCCAGGUAUAUCAUCACCCUGCACGAACUCCUGGCGCACACCCCCCAUGAACACGUGGAGAGGAAAAGCCUAGAGUUUGCUAAGUCAAAGCUGGAGGAACUGUCCAGAGUCAUGCACGACGAAGUCAGUGACACUGAGAACAUUAGGAAAAACCUUGCCAUCGAAAGGAUGAUAGUGGAGGGUUGUGACAUUUUGCUGGACACCAGCCAGACUUUCAUCCGCCAAGGUUCUCUUAUUCAGGUACCUUCCGUGGAGAGGGGGAAGCUUAGCAAAGUUCGUCUGGGCUCACUGUCUUUGAAAAAGGAAGGCGAGAGACAGUGCUUCUUGUUUACGAAACACUUUCUAAUUUGCACCAGGAGUUCAGGAGGAAAGCUGCAUCUGCUCAAGACAGGUGGAGUCCUCUCCCUCAUAGAGUGCACGCUGAUUGAGGAGCCCGACGCAACUGACGAUGACUCCAAAGGUUCUGGCCACAUGUUUGGACAUCUGGAUUUUAAAAUAGUAGUGGAGCCUCCUGACGCUGCCCCUUUCACUGUGGUCCUGUUGGCCCCUUCUCGCCAGGAGAAAGCUGCAUGGAUGAGCGACAUCAGUCAGUGUGUGGACAACAUACGAUGUAAUGGUUUAAUGACUAUAGUCUUCGAAGAGAAUUCCAAAGUCACUGUGCCACAUAUGAUUAAGUCUGAUGCCCGUCUUCAUAAAGACGACACUGACAUCUGUUUCAGUAAAACACUCAAUUCCUGCAAAGUGCCGCAGAUCCGCUACGCGAGCGUGGAGCGCCUCUUGGAGCGGUUGACGGACUUGCGGUUUCUGAGCAUUGACUUCCUCAACACCUUUCUACACACCUACCGCAUUUUCACCACGGCCGCUGUGGUGCUGGCGAAGCUCUCCGACAUCUACAAGAGGCCUUUCACCUCCAUCCCGGUCAGGUCAUUAGAGUUAUUUUUUGCUGCGAGCCCAAACAACAGAGGUGAACAUAUGGUAGAUGGAAAAUCCCCACGUCUUUGCCGCAAGUUCUCCUCCCCACCGCCCCUGGCUGUGUCCAGAACAUCCUCUCCUGUGAGGGCCAGAAAGCUAUCCUUGACAUCUUCCUUGAACUCAAGGAUCGGAGCCCUGGACCUGACCACAUCUUCACCUUCCAGCAGUCCUACCGCCCACAGUCCGGCGGCAUCCCCGCCACCUCACACCUCAGCCGUCCUGGAGUCUGUGCCAGCUGACCGAGCAGGAGACUCCACAGAACUGUCACCUUGCAGAUCCCCCUCCACUCCCCGGCACCUCCGAUAUCGCCAGCCUGGAGGACAGGCAGCUGACAGCCCCCACUGCUCUGUUUCCCCUGCUUCUGCGUUUGCAAUUGCCACGGCUGCAGCAGGACAUGGGAGUCCACCAGGAUUUAACAACACAGAGAGAACGUGUGACAAGGAGUUUAUCAUACGGAGAACGGCCACCAACCGAGUCCUCAAUGUCCUCCGCCACUGGGUCUCCAAGCACGCACAGGAUUUUGAACUCAACAACGAACUCAAAAUGAACGUUCUAAACUUACUGGAAGAAGUUUUACGAGACCCAGACCUUCUUCCUCAAGAAAGGAAAGCCACAGCAAACAUCCUGAGAGCUCUUUCACAAGAUGAUCAAGAUGACAUCCACCUAAAAUUAGAGGAUAUAAUUCAAAUGACAGACUGUCCAAAGGCCGAAUGCUUUGAGACGUUGUCAGCCAUGGAGCUGGCCGAGCAGAUCACUCUCCUGGACCACGUCGUCUUUAGAAGCAUCCCCUACGAAGAGUUUCUUGGGCAGGGCUGGAUGAAGCUGGAUAAAAAUGAAAGGGCCCCUUACAUCAUGAAAACCAGCCAGCACUUCAAUGAAAUGAGUAACCUGGUAGCCUCCCAGAUAAUGAAUUACGCUGAUAUCAGCUCGCGCGCCAACGCCAUUGAGAAGUGGGUUGCCGUGGCCGACAUUUGCCGAUGUCUACAUAACUACAAUGGUGUGCUGGAGAUCACUGCAGCCUUAAACAGAAGUGCCAUCUACAGGCUGAAGAAAACCUGGGCCAAGGUGUCCAAGCAGACAAAAGCGCUGAUGGAAAAACUUCAGAAGACUGUUUCAUCUGAAGGAAGAUUUAAAAACCUCAGAGAAACUCUUAAAAAGAAUAAGAACCACUCUUCCUGGCCUUGCAGCUGUAACCCCCCUGCUGUCCCUUACCUCGGGAUGUACUUGACAGACCUGGCCUUCAUUGAAGAAGGAACACCAAACUUUACAGAAGAAGGCCUUGUCAAUUUCUCCAAAAUGCGAAUGAUAUCACACAUUAUUCGAGAGAUACGCCAGUUCCAGCAGACUGCAUACCGCAUAGACCAGCAGCCAAAGGUCAUACAGUACCUGCUUGACAAAGCCCUCAUCAUAGAUGAAGAUACACUCUAUGAGCUGUCGCUCAAAAUUGAACCUCGACUCCCUGCUUGAAGAUCUUACCUUGUCCCUGAGAACAUGGGAAUUUCGUGAAAAGUGUGUCACCCGUGGCACGGCGGGGACCCAGAGGGACAGCGCCUGCCUUGGUUCACCACCAAAGAUGGAACCAGACUGCAAUUCUGUCUCCAGCCAGAGUAAAGCCCAGAUGCAUGGGUCAAAGACAGAUGCUCCAGCCUUGGGUGGGACGGGCAGAGCGGAGUGACGCUGACGACACAAUUUGUGUCAGGGCUGUGAAGUGGGAGAUGCUUGUCCGUUAGAGUGAAGUGUCACGAAGGUAGAUGUCCCCUGUCCCAUGUUCUGUUAGAACUUGGGGACAGGACCCCACAGAGGAGGGCUGUAAAGUUUCCUUGGCAUUCCGCUAGCCUGGGCGCACUUCUAACCAAUCUUCUAUGACUUGACGGCUUCUCUUACACUUCCUUUAUGCCAAGGGUCAUGGCCAGGCUGAAGCUUCCUCCACAGGCCCCACACAUAUACAGCUUCAGUAUGCAGCAUGUGCAUGGUUCUCGGUGCAUUCAACAUGCAUGAGAGGAGUGGCGUGCUCUGAAAAAGCCUUGCAGCCUCUAGGCCAUGGGACAGGAAAUAAAAGAUUCAAAAACAA